AGAUUUAGUUUAUUUGCAAGUCCGUUUCUGAGAAUAAAAGAUCACUCAUGCUACGGUCGGGGGUUAUCGCGCACAAGAUAGAAAACUAAAGCUCCAAUAAAUUGGCGCGCUCUGAACAAGCAAUGUCAGUAUGAAACGGCUAUCGUGGUGUUGAGUUUUAAUAUUGUGUUAGUGCAUAUUAAUUUAAUUAGGAUAAAAAGAAACUUAAAAUGAGGCAAUUCAUCGUUUUGGCCGCGGUUACGGCAUUAGCCGUGGCUAAGCCCGAGCUUUACAAAGAAAAGGAAGACUUCCAAUUUUCAAGAAGCUCUACGGACGAAGGCAGUAAAUCUGGGUAUUACGGAGCUCAGAGAGGGAACAUGGGCGGCAAUUAUGAACGGGCACAUAACAUGGACUCUUUGGCACAAAAUCAAAUGAGUGGCCUAGUCAGACAAGUCGAAGGAGAACUUGGUGACGGAGCUAAAAUGAGAACUGGAAGUGUAUAUACUGCUGCCAACUCCAGAGGUACUUUUGGUUCCAGACAUUUUGACCUGAGUAACCUUCAAGGUCGGAACUUCCAAGAAGGUGCGACAUACGAUAGUGCUCAUUCAAAUUCUGGGCUUUCAUCUUCGGCCUACAAUAACGCAGCAUACAAUAGUCACUCUCAAAGUUCGCAGUUCGGCGGAUAUCAAGCUGCGGAACACUCGGGACUGAGCCUUCAUUCAGAUAGCCUGCAGCCAUUAGACAAUACUCAAGCACAGUACGACUAUGGCAGGCAUUCAACCCAUAGACAAGGUGCAGCAUAUGCCGGGUACGGCAGUAGUGACUUAAACUCGGCUGAUUACGGUUCUAAUGUUCAAACUAGGCUGAUAAGUGCCACACCGGUGAGGAUUAUUGUAAGGCCGGGCACUAAAGUUGCGAUACCAGUAUCUGCUCAAACAUACGACGUCGCGCAAGGGUCUUUGAUAAACCAAAAUUCUCUUAAUAGUGACGCUGAAGUUCUAGCUACUGACAAUCAACGUACAGUAUACAGACCUAGUAACGCAAAGCAUUAUGAAGCGUCCUACAACUACCGCAAGCAAUGGGAGAAACACGAAACCAUUCCUGCGACCGUAUCGGUACCUACGUCUACAGACAAUCCAUUCCCUAGAAACAGUGAGCUGUACGAAGAUACCCAGGCACGCGCAUCUCAUGACAGAUACGAGGCCAGUAGACUUGAUUCUCAAAGAUUGCACUCAAGUAACUUAUAUGCUGGAUACAAUGGUGUAAAAUCAGCAUCUCAUCUGUCUAACGCAAAUUUCAACACGCAACAACAUAGGGCUUCAGCCGACGCCAAUUCAAAUGCCUAUACUGUGUCUGGUUAUAACGCAGGUUCACAAGGAGCAGCAUCAGAAUCUGAUUUAUACGGCUCACUUCAGCGUAACCAAUAUAAUGGAGGUGCUUUAUAUCACGGAUCUGCUCUGGAUUCAAGUUCUUUGAGGCAGGCUGCCAGACAGAAUGUUGCUUCAGCUGCAGAUUUAAACAGCCAAGUUGAGAGUUUAAGUUCGAAACCCAAGAGUUACCAAUCUUCUUAUUCUUACCAUAAGUCAUGGGAACGUCAGGGAGAUCCUUAUGUUAUAAAGCCAGCGUCUGCGGGAAUUUACGACAGUCAAUCAUCUCAAAGAUUGACAAGCGCAACGCAGAACCAAGGGUAUGCAGCGUCUGGGUCCCAUUACAGGCAUUCACAUCAAAGCGAUGCGGACUGCGAUGAAAACGGACAUAUACGCGUAGCUCGCUCCUAUCGUACUAAUCCUUCUCAUGACACACAACAGCAAAGUCAAAAUUUGGAAGAUUUCGGUCAGCAAACAGAAGACUUGGCGCAACAAUCAGUCGCUGAUUGGGAUCAACAACAAUCUCAACACACCUGGGAUCAAGGUGAAAAUUUAAAUCAGCAAUCCCAAAACAAAUGGGACAGAAUCGAAGACUUAGGACAACAAACGCAACACACUUGGGACAAAUACGGAAACUUUGACCAACAAUCUCAGAACACAUUUGACAAAAUUGAGAACCUAGAUCAACAAACACAAAAUCUGGGACAACAAGUUGAAGAUGCGGAGACAGAAACAGGAAAAAAACUUUUUGAUUUUGGUCAAGAAUCUCAACAAGUGUGGGAUUUCAAUAACGCUGGCCAACAAGAACAAGAUAAAGUUAGCGAACAAACUGGAGAUUUCCAAAAGCCCAACAUACCAGAGACUCCUUUCUUCCCACAGGAAUCGCAAACAAAUGAUGACGAACAGAGUUCACACCACGUAUGGAAUGCUUUUGGAUCCUACCCAAUCGGAAGACCGAGUUUUCCACACCACCAUGAACAUCAUCAUCACUAUUAUUACAAUGGAGACAAUUUAAAUUCCAAUUCGACUUCUGAAAGUGAACAUAAUCAUGAUUCAUGGAACCCUUCUUAUGAACCGCAAUAUUAUGGUUCCUGGAGGGAUUCUCACGAAGGACAUGAUCACAGUUCAUGGAGGAAUUCGGAUGAAGCACACAAUCAUAGUGGUCAACAUGGUUCAUGGGGCCAUUCUCACGAAGGACAUGAUCAUGGCUCAUGGAACCAUUCUCACGAAGGACAUGACCAUGGCUCAUGGAACCAUUCUCACGAAGGACAUGACCAUGGUUCAUGGAACCAUUCUCAUGAAGCAUACUAUCAUAGAGGUCAACAUGGUUCAUGGAACCAUUCUCACGAAGGACAUGAUCAUGGCUCAUGGAACCAUUCUCACGAAGGACAUGACCAUGGUUCAUGGAACCAUUCUCACGAAGGACAUGACCAUGGUUCAUGGCAUUCUCAUGAAGCAUACUAUCAUAGAGGUCAACAUGGUUCAUGGGACCAUUCUCACGAAGGACAUGAUCAUGGUCAUGCUCAUGGUUCAUGGGGUGAUUCUCACGAAGCGGAUGAGCAUGGUUCUUGGAGUAAUUCUCAUCAUACACACAAUCAUGGUGAACAUAGUAAUACUCAAGGACAUCCAAUACAGAGUAAUGUAUAUGUUCAUAAACAGACAUAUAACAACCAAAAUGAGGGACAAAGACUAGAUUACUCUGGGAAUGAGUUUCAUAAUGCAUAUGGUAAUCAUGGAUGGAAUGCCCAUGAAAGUUCUCUGGAUCAAUCAACAAAUAACGACGAUCAAUCAAAUUUAGACGUAAAUACUUUCCAAUCAAAUGCAGACCCUCUUUCAAAGCUGUGGAAUAAAUUAAAUAACAUUGAGCAACUAUCAAUACCAUCAACAAACAAGGAUAACGAAAAUAUACUAAAAGAUAACCUCACUUCUUCUACAACUUCACAAAAUACCUACACGGGUUUUCAAGAACAGCAAAACAAUCACGCAACAAGCUCUGUAACUCAACAACAGGCAAAAGAAAAGAAAAAUGUUACUACAGACACUAAUAAAUCUAUUGAAACUCAAUUAGGAAAUGUGAUCAUUCACGAUGUUGAGAGGCCACAAGACGUAGGCCGAGGAGAUAUUAGUUCUGAAGAUAUAACUCAAGAUUCAGGAGACAACAACAAGCAUUAUAAAAAUCCAAUAAUCGCCACAAACGACAAAAUAAACGAAAAAGAGCUAGAAAAUAACAAUAAUGAUAAUGUAAAGGAUUCUUCAGAAUUGCAUAUUUUGGGGUUAAACCAACACAAUUCAGGGACACAGACAACCCAUCAUAUAUCAACAGCGUCGAAUGCUGAAAUUACAACUACUCAAAAAAUUAAUAAAUCUGAAGCAGGGCAGGAAAACCUUGAACAAAAUUUACAAGAUUUUGGACAGCAACAAAAUAUACAUGAUUUUGGUCAAGAAGUUCUUCGGGGUUUUGACCAAAAAGAAAACUUAGACCAACAAAAUUUGCAAAACUUUGUAGGGCAGGGAAAUAUGGAACAAACUUUACAAAAUUUUGGACUACAAGAAAACUUGGAACAGCAAAACCUGCAUGACUUUGGUCAAAAAGAAAACUUAGACCAACAGAAUUUACAAAACUUUGGGGGGCACGGAAUGAUGGAACAAACUUUACAUGAUUUUGGACAACAAGAAAACUUGGAACAGCAAAACCUGCAAGACUUUGGUCAAAAAGAAAACUUAGACCAACAAAGUAUGCAAAACUUUGAAGGGCGAGAAAACUUGCAACAACAAAAUUUACAUGAUUUUGGACAACAAGAAAACUUGGAACAGCAAAACCUGCAAGACUUUGGUCAAAAAGAAAACUUAGAUCAACAACAAAGUCUGCAAAACUUUGAAGGGCGAGAAAACUUGCAACAACAAAAUUUACAUGAUUUUGGAUGGCACGAAAACUUGGAGCAACAAAAUUUAAACAAUUAUGGACAGCAAGAAAAUUUGCCAGACUUUGGGCAGCAACUACAGACAGAACAUCACUUCGGGCAACAAGGUUUAGAUCACACAGCUUUGCAACAAUUUGAUGAAAAGCUAACCUCUGAACAUUUGGACAAACUUUCAAUGAAUCCUAAUAGUAACUUACAACCAAAAACUGAUAUUCAACAUCCAGCAGAAAUUGAGGAAACUGCAUUUGUACAAAAAAUAAGUAAAGACACACAUUUAGUUCAACAAGAUCCUAAAGGUGAAGUUGUUUCUCCAGUUGAGACACAAACUGAAAAACCUGGAUUUUGGAAAUCUGUAGGCAGUAAAUUUUCAACAGCGAAAAGUAAAAUUGCUUCAUGGUUCGGUAGUUCAAGUUAAUAAAUAUAAUUUAAGUACAUUUUCUAUAAUAUUUAUUAAGGUACCUAGUCAUAAUGAUAUUAAAUCUCAUAAUGCUAAUGAAAUAAUUUAUGUUUUAUGAAUUAAAAUUCAUAUGUUAUGAUAAAUAAUAUAAUCAAUCCAGAUAUUUGAUUUGUUAAGACAAUUAUUUAAUCAAAUAACUAUUACCUCUGGUAGAGACUGAAAUAAUUUGACAAAUGCCUGUUGCUGCACAGAAUCUGUAAAAAGAGAAUGGAUACAUAUGAGUUAUGUGAUAAAUAAAUUGAUAGUGUGUUUGUACACAGUUUUGUGAAUAAAAACAUAUAAUAAAUUUGUGUUUUCAUGUGACAAUCCUAAUUUUACUGAGUACUGGAACUUAUGAAAUUAUUGAUUUGUAUGAUAUUUCUUGAUGCUAUACUAAAUAAAGUCAUUUAACUAUGUUUAUGACAAUAUGACACAUCAGAAAAAUAUAUCUACUAAUUGAAAUA